ACAGGAGCAUGCCAACAAGACACUAACAUUUCCGGGAAUUUCCCUGAUAGCACAGAGCACUGCAGUUAAAACACAGCACAGCAAAAAGGAUCACAUUCUAAGUCACGAUUUGGACAUAUUUCACAUGCUGCUUACUAGCAGGAUGAAAACAUGACAGAAUCAACAGAAUCACUUCGGAAAGCUGUUUGCAGCUACAAGUCACACAUCGAGCAAAUCACUGAGAUAAGGAGAGAGACUAUCGAKUGUCUACAAGAAAUUCAAAGCGUUAUAAAGCUUGAUGGCAGGAAAGAAUUGGCAAAGCUUAAAGCUCUGCAACUACCGGAAUCCGAGCUUAACAAAAGGCCUUGUAUUUUGUUCAUUGGAAGCCAAAACUGUGGUAAAAGUACCCUGCUUAAUGUUUUCCUUCGAAAAUCAUCUCUUUUGCCAACCGACGAAACUCCAUGUACGUCAAGAAUUGUUCGUAUUGUUUACAGUCCCACAAAUCAAACUAAGUUUGAAGACCCCACRACGAAGUUAGAGAGGAUCAAGUCAUUUAAAACCAAAGUACCUCAAGGUAUAAUCGUCCUGGMAGGAGAAGCAAGAAAUGAUAGUAAUCAGUUAAAAGUAAUUGUGGAAGUUGGACUGAAUCAUCCUCUGCUGGAGUGUGGGAUCGAGUUGAUUGAUUCRCCAGGUCGUAAUGAGAAUGCAGCGCUAGACCAAGUUGUAGAAGAGUUUGUGGGUAAAGGAAUCGUUCCUCUUAUUGUGUAUGUUAUCGAUGGGAACUAYCACCUACGAGAAAAGGACCGUAUCACAAUCAGGGAGCUUCAAGACAAAUUUCCAAAUGUUACUUUGAUGUUUGUUUGCAGUAAAGUCGAUAUCGACGGAAAUGCUCAUAGAUACGACAAAAAGGACGAUGAUGACGACUGCGAAGAUGGAGCUGAUGAUGAAUUAGAAGAAAUAAUUAAACUUACGAGAGAGAAGAAAAUGGCAGUGUUUAAACAGUUGAAGAGGUCAGAGUUUCUUCCUCCUGAAGAACAGAUAGACUCUUCUGAAUUGUUCCAUGGACUCUCRGCAAAACAUGCUAGAAGAGACCGCAAGAAAAAACUAAAAACCCAAGCAACAAUGAGCUUUGAACAUUUUGAACUCUGCAUUCUAGAGAAGCUUGAAAGCGCAUUACGAAAGCAAAGUAAAAGAGAGUUGGCAGCCUUACUCACAGCUCAGGAGUUCUUUCUUGCCUCAGUAGUCGGCACACAGCGGAACUGGUUACUCCGAGUUCGACAAUUUGAAAUAGACUGCAAGCGCGCAAAAGAGGCAGAAGAAGCCAUUAUUAACAUGGUAGAGAGUUUAAUCAACAAAGGAGAUUCUAUCUUGAACUUUAUUGAACACGACGUAGAGAAGCUAUCUGUGAUCCUGUUACAAGAAGCUCAAGACUWUCAAUGCACUACCAAGGGUAUAAAGAAUGGAAACGUCGUCGAAGCUUUUUCGCGRCACUCAAAGGGCGCAAUUCUUGACAGAKCAUUYAACAUUUUAAGGCGUUCCUUUAAGCGAGUGUUGAAGUUAAGUCUACUUGAUACAGUGAUUUUGACUGAGCUAAUGAAGAAAAUCAAUCCYUUUCUCCGUCGAAUGCUACAAAGAACACUGGGGAACGAAUGCGAACUCCAGCAGCAUGACAAAGACCCCGAUAGCUUUCAGGUUUACAAUGUCAUCGAAAAAGUCAUUGAUUCUAUCAGCGAUGAUGUAGAUACCUUACUACGUAACCACAUCAAAUAUCAACUGGAAAGUGUUGAUAUUAACCAAACUCAAACUGCAUCAAGACCAGACGAUCCGCUGUGGAGACGAGGUGUUGUACAGAGCCUCCUUGCCAAGAUUGACGUCAAAUAUUUGGCAAAGGAAGUGAUCUUUACUUGCGAAAGAGCUCUCCUGAAGAAACGUCAGGAAUUUAAAGCAAGCAUCGAAGCCAUCGCCAUUCUCAACGUUUUUUUCUCUGAGGAAAAGUUCAACGAUAUCCGUACUAAGCAUACCCCACACGUGGCCCAUCUAGCGGUAAGGGGGCAUUCCUUACGUUACGUCAUAGAGAGAGGUCCACCUGAACUCGGACCCCAAAUCAAAGCCACUCCUCACGGUUUUCUUUACUGUUGUACCAGUCCACUUUGGGUCCACAGUGACGACUGUGUGAUCAAGGUUGUGAAGAGAAGCGAUGUGGACCGAAAGGUUUGGAGCCAAACAAUGCGGGAUUGCAUGCAUUUUAAGGACAUCAACGACAAACUUUGUAUGCAACACCCAAACCUCCUCGAAUUAAGAGGCUGGUAUUUUCCAGAUCCUGACCAGUURUAUAUCGUGAUGGAGAAAGCAGCAUUUGACUUAUUAACGGCGUUGAAAGGGGGACUUUCCUGGGCAAGACGAAAGGAGUUGGCCGUCGAUGUGGCUAGGGGACUAGAAGCAAUUCAUCGAGUGCACUAUGUAUAUCAAGAUCUCAAGCCUCAAAACGUCAUGGUCACGUCUGAUGGCAUCGCCAAAAUAAAUUUGUGCAAACCAGAAAAGCCGUUUGAAAAGACACAAAUAGGCCUUCCUUUUCMCAUAUCCCCAGUGAUGUUUGACAACUACAAUCAAGAAUUUGCUUCUACAGCUUACGAUAUCUACGCCUUCGGAUCGUUACUGUGGGUGCUGUGCGAGGGAUCUGGUACCAAAGGACCCGAGGCCUACUCGCACUGCCAAGACAUCGAAGCCAUGAAGUUUGCUGUUUGCGACCGUGGAAUCAAACCCGAACGUCCUGCUGAAACCCCAGAUGCAUGGUGGGAUUUAUUGAGUGUUUGUUGGACCGGUGAGAUUGAAGACAUCAAAGUUAUACUGGAGAAGUUACCCAACCUCGAGACACAACCCUAAUCCACCCUAGGUCGUAGGCAUAAUCUUCUGU